UAAAUGUGUAGAGUAACAAUAGAUGCUUGUGCUGCAAGGCAUUCUAGUGAGAACCCUAGUUCUCACUCUUUCUAAUGGGUUCUAAUGGUUUUUUUCUAAUGGUAUUCUACUGGAUUUUUCAGCAGGGUCAGGCUGCCCUCCAGGCUGGUUUGGGGCAGACUGUGGUCAACGUUGUCACUGCAAAAAUGGAGGGCUGUGUGAUUCAGUAAGUGGCAACUGCACCUGUGGUCUGGGCUGGACGGGCGCUCACUGCGACAGAGAAUGCCCCGCGGGCAGAUUCGGUGUCAACUGCCAGCUGAGAUGUAACUGUCAAAAUAACGGCACUUGUGACAGAGUGGGGGGAAUGUGCCGGUGCGGCCCAGGCUUCUACGGACAUCUGUGUGAACACGCGUGUCCUCCUGGUCUCCAUGGUCCACUGUGUCAGCUGCAGUGUGAGUGUAUGCACGGAGCGUCCUGUCACCCUGUGACCGGCCACUGUCUCUGUCCUCCAGGAUAUUUCGGAGCUCACUGUCACAGAGGGUGUGAACGGGGAACCUUCGGUCAGGGAUGUGCGAAGGCGUGUGACUGUGAGGAUGACUCUCCGUGUGACCCCGUGACGGGACGAUGCCUCUGCUCCUCAGGGAAGACUGGAGCCAGAUGUGACAUCGACUGUGGAAGGAAUCGUUUCGGGCCAGACUGCGCCGAGACGUGCGAGUGUCAGAACGGAGCGCAGUGCGACCGACGCAGCGGCCGCUGCAGCUGCGUGCACAGCUGGAUCGGCCUCUCCUGUCAGGAAGGUGGACCUCCACGUCUCACCUCUGGGAGCAGCAGAGGAGACUCUCGGCACAACAACUCGUUAUAGCAGCUCCGUCCUCCUCCUCUUCCUCCUCCUCCUCCUCCUCCUCCUCCUCCUCCGUCCAGCUCAAAGACUCCAGUGAGUGAAAGCUCAAGUUGUAUUUGGAGAAGUUUCAUGGAAAUAGACUCUCUGAUGAGAACUGCAGCUCCAUGUUUUUUUUGGACCUGAGCUGGACAUUUUUUUUUUCUUGUGUACCAAAGUGUCCUUGUAACGUGGACCUGUGCUGUCACUGCUUUUUCUCAGUGUUGGCAGAAAAAAAAACAAAAAAAGAAACACAUUAAAGCAGCUUUUGUCUUCAGGAUGAGAGUCACGUCAUCAGAGUGCAGCAUCAGGAUUUGUUUUUACUGCUCUUUUGGGAUUUUUGUUCAAUGUUUUUGUCCCUGAAAUACCUUUUUAUGGCUACCGUGACUGUACAUAUAUAAAAUAACCUCUAAUUUUGUAAGAAAGUGAAUGAUAUUGCUGGAUUUGACACUGAAGAAUCCAUGUUAUAGAACUUGUCAUUACAAUGAAGUAGUUUUUUUUUCCGUCUUUACAAAAUGAAGUACUAUCCCUCAGUCUUAUGGUGCUUUAACAUCAGGUGUUAAUAUCACAGUAAAGCACUUUUCUUUGGGUUCAUACAGCUAGCAUUCAUUCUAUCUAAAUAUUUUGGUAUGAUUUUGUGUAUAAGUUGCUUCAUAUUUAUAUUUAACAGUUGAAUAUACUCGUUCCAGCUCUGUCAAAUCUGGACUACAACAUCCCAAAAAUGAGUACGUUUUUAACACAUAAAGAGACAAUAAAGAGACGCACAAACGUUUGCUUAUCAUUCUUA